AUGUUCUUCAAGAACUAGUGAACGAUAAUCUUGUCGCUCAAGAUAAAAUUGGUACAUCCAAUUAUUUUUGGUCGUUUCCUAGCAGUGCUCUUCAAUCGCUUCAAGAAGAAAUCACCAAAUUAAAAGAAAAAAAUACUGAUUUACAAGCGAAUAUCGAAAAGGCUUCCGGUGGUCGUGAAGAUUCAGCUAAGCGAGCUUCCUUGUUGAAAACAUUAGCAGAGGCAGAAGCUUUGGACAAGAAGAAUGAGGAAGAAUUGAAACGUUAUCGUGAAUGUGAUCCCGUGACUUUAAAUGAAAAAGGUUAUUACACGAAAUCAU